AUGGACCCGGCCGAUCUCCCCUACCACCCUCCCCGGCCGGCUCGCCGGACUCAGUGGCUGGCCAGUGUCCUGGCUCAUCACUACGGACUGGACCGCGGGCUGGACAAUGAAAUCAUCGUUCUGGCCAGUGGACUGGACCAGUACCUGCAGGAGGUCUUCCAUCACCUGGACUGGCGGGCAGAAGGCACCAUCUCCGGGGAAGAGUUCCGCACCCUGUGCGGGGUCCUUGGCUUGGAACCCGGAAUGGACGAGUGCGAGGGGCUGCUGGAGCAACUGCCGGAGCGCCUGACUUUCCGACACUUCCAUGCCAGGCUCUGCGGGCACUUCAGCUCCAAAGCCAGGGGCCCCCGCCUGCCUGUGAGCCAAGGUAGCCCGAUCCGGCUGAGAAGGAAGAAGAGCCCGAGGAUGACCCUGACAGGGGAAGACGAUGUGCUACAUAGGCUGGAGGACGAGAACCGCAACCUCAGGGAGCUGCUGGAGGACAUGAGGACGGCUCUGCAGAGCAGUGAUGCCCGCUGCCUGGCACUUCAGGUUGGUCUGCGUAGAAACCUUGCUUCACAGAAAGAUGAAGGCAUCUCAACCGUCUCCAACAGACGGGUGUUGUCCCAAAGUUACACUGUAACAACAAGAUGCGUCCAGAGAGAGGUCAACCUGAUCCAAAGCUCCAGAGAUGAACAGUUGGAGGAAGUGAUAAAAAUGAACAAAGACUUGGAAGAAGAACUGAGCAAAACUCAGAGUACCCUAAUUUAUUUAGAGGAGUGCAACCAGCGCCUAAUAAGAGAACAGGCAGAGACGAGAAAGAGAGCCGAAGAUGCCCGACAAGCAUUGUUGGCAUGUUAUGGAAAAGUGAAGGACUUGGAAGAAAAAUCAAGUGAAGCUCCUCUUCUCCAGAUCCGUGUAGACCAGCUGCAGACUGAACUACAGCAAUACAGAUCAGAAAGGAUGGUUAGCCUGAUGACACAAGAAGAGAAAAUAUUGGCCAUGAGAUCACCUCUUCUUGUCAGAAAAACAGAGAACUUAUCCCCCACUGAAGUGGAUGAUCAGUUGUUUCGCUCAGUAGAAGGACAAGCUGCAUCUGAUGAAGAGGAGGAAAGGUGGAUUGGGGAAACAGCAGCAGAAGUGCGACAGAUUCUAACCAAUGUCUCAUGCUGUGCAAGUGGGUGUGAAGACAGGGGAAUGAGGAAGCUCCUGUGUGAUAUCAGGUCAGAUGGUAUUAAUCACAAGAAUAUGCUUUUCCUAUUGGUCAAGAAGGUUGCCAGAAUGAUGGAAGAGCUGGCAAUUAAGGAGCAGGAAAUGAAAGAUAUGGAGGUCCUAAUGGAAGAGAUGAAGGGGUCAUUCAUUGAAGAACUGGAAGGGAAAGCUGAGGAAAAUGAAUUGCUGAGGAUAGAUCUUCAAAUGCUGGAAACAGAGCGAGUUCGGCUGUCACUAAUUGAGGAGAAACUUCUUGAUGUUCUACAGCUUCUUCAGCAACUACGUGACCUGGAAAUCUCUCACCAGGAAUUGGGAAGAGUUUUACUAAACACCCUGGAGAUGUGCAGGGAACCCCAACAAGGAAAGGAACAUAUUUAUGAAGUCUUGGACACUUUGCGUCAUGAACUGUCGGUCUGUGAGCUCCACCAGAGCCAACAGAAGAAUAAAGACAACAAAGCACCAUCGUUGACCAACUCACUAGUCAUCUCUUGCUGAACAACAGCGCCACCUACAGCUCCUUCAUGAAUGUACACCUCUGAUCAGAGGCUGCCUGCUAUCAGCUCAUAGGCGCUUGUUGAUCAGCACAGACUGGCUCUAAUCCAUCUGCCUCAAGCUGCUCUCUUGUAUCUGAAUCACACCAUGUCGAAGCAAAGCAUUGUGGGUAGAGCUGAAUGAAUAAACUCACAAAACAUCAACGUUUGUUGACACAGAUAAAAAUUAUUUAUAUAGUUCUACCUGCAGGUGCUCCAUGCGGCUGAACAGAGCUCAUCAUUCAGCAGUUCAAUAAUAGUCAUACGGGGAGCAGCAUCAAUUGGAAUAUUUUCCGGAAUAAAAUGAAGACACAGCAAUAAAAAUGACAGAUUCCCCGGGCUAGGAGUGACAGUCUGCAGUGUUACAGCAAGGACGGCUGAGCUAAUAAACUUACAGAUCAACUGUUUACACGGCCAAGGCUAAUGCAGGUGAUGAUAUACGUUGUCUG